CGUCCGUCCCCGCGUUCCUUCACAGUGGCAAUUCGCCCCCUUCCCCGGAACUUCUCCGAGCCCAAGCAGCGUCGCCGGCGGCGGCCAUGCCUGAAUUUGUGUACGCCAACCUGUCUUGCAUUCCGAAUCUCGAUUGCGCCUCGGCCCCGCCGCCGCGCCCUUUGUGCGCCUCCGCGGCGGCCUACCUUGCCCUCCACCUCGCCGCGCCGGUGGCCUUCGUCGUCGUCUGGUGGCUCUGGAGGAAUCUCGUGCCUCUGGAGGGGUUCGCGGGUGGUGGAGACGGCCGCCGCCUCCCGGAGCAGCAGCCGCCCCGCACCCACACCUUGGUGGAAGCGGACAAGGUCGCAGUCGCCGCCGCCGCCGCCCGCGGCUUCUUCGAACAGGAAGGCAACACCCGUCCAAUCCUCCUCCGUCGCAGGGCGCCCCACGCCGGCGCCGACGGGUACUUCCGGUACCCGCAAAUCCACUGCCUCGAAGCAGUUCCUCAAGUCCGCCUCAUCGAUGCCGAAUUCAUGGAGGAGAUGACGCGGGGGCGGCGUCACGCCGUCGGCAUGCUCAGGCAAGCCGCGAUCCACUACGACGACCCCAUCCGCAGAUUGUCCAAUCUCGAUGGAAACCCAUCAGUUUUCCAGGGAGAUCCUUGUGUGUUGGCCACAGAAUCAACUGAUAUUGUUAUCAAGCUAAAAGUUGCUACUGCACUUUUCUGCUUCAUAUGGCGAGAAUUGAAUGGGCAAAGUCAGCAAUUAUGUCAAGAAGUAAAAGAAGAGUGCUUUUCAUUGGUUGCUGGGCAAUCUGUUGAGAAGCUCCUUGAGGUAGCACGUUCAUUCAGCGAGGCAAGCUGGUGCGCUUGCCAUGUUAAGGAAGUGCUGACUACCGUUGACGCACUCGUUGAUGUCCUGUACAAUUUACAGGGCUUACCUUUGAACAGAUCUGGUGAGAUUGCUGUUAUGUCGUGUAAGAUGGUGGCUAAUUUAAGCGGAUUACUUGAUCAGGCUGCAAGUGGCAUCGAUAACAGUGAAGAAUCUACCAUUCAUCCAGCAACUGUUGUUUUCAAUCAAGUCCUGGAGUUUUUCGACAGCAACACAGAUAUGGUGCAGUUAAUACUUGCCACUGGAGAUUGCACCGUUGAUCCUCACUCUCACGUGUUUGAUUGCUGGGUAUCCAAGCUGGAGGAAGAUGCAAAAAAGAUGUGCCAAGCUGAAAAGGACCGAGAAUACAUAAUCCUCUUGAAUAAUGCGUGUGAUGUUUGGCAGAUGAUGCGCCAUCCAGGAGCAUCCUUUUGGAAUGUAGAACUGGUGAGCAGGCUCAUUUGUAUGAUCCAGAGCUACAGAAGGGGCUACUUUGAGGAAUGUUGGGUUCCACUUGUGCUGUCAUUACUGAAGGAAGAUUAUCUGAAGAACCCGCGCAGUUCAUCCUUGGCUGAAUUUACUCAAGGAUUUGUCAGUAUCUGCCAACGCCAGAUGACCUGGAAGGUUGUACCUAGUCUUAAGUACGAACUGCGAGACGAGAUAAAGAAUCUAGUUGUUACACCAUACAAGGCCUUCCUGCAUGCACUGCAGGGGAAUCGGAGAGGACUUUCAUUGAAGCGAUUGAUGUCACGAAGGAGGAGUCAGAAUGAGUAUACUGCUGAGCAGUUGGAAAACAAGAUUGGUGAGUUUUUUGAAAGCUGAAAAGACACCUAAACUACAAUGCAUAGUUAUUUUACCUGUAUACUGUGUAUCACCCUUGGAUGGGUGUUUUUGUUGUUUUUGUGUGUAUGCCCCAUUAGGCGAUAGCGGCACAGGAAGUCUAUUCUCUAACAGAGACAAUGCUGAGUGUACACAACAUUGCGUUGGAAGAGUUCAGGAAGUGCACACAAUAUCUUGAUUCUUCUUUGAUGUAUGUAUGUAUGUUCAGUUAUAUAGAAUUGUAAGAGUACCCUACAUUGAGUAAACAGAAACUCGCCAGUUCUGUUUCAGCUUCCAUAUAUGGCUGUAAUGCGCUUGUGUUCAGUU